AUGGAAAGAAGCGUAACAGACAAAUGGACAACUCGUGACGAGAAAGGCAAUGUUGUCGGCGAGUGGUCAACUCGAAGUUGGCAGGGUGAAAGUGAUGGUAUGCGACGCUAUGGUGAUGGUACUGGAGAGUCCUGGCAUCGACAGGCCGAGGUGUCUCCUCACGGCCAAACAUCAUUCGUUGAUAAUAGGCGCUUUUACACAACGGAUUAUGUAAUUGAGGUUAGUUUGAUGCAGGCUACGAUGUUUGCCUGGAUCUUCGAGCUAAUUUGA